GGGGCCCGUCUUCCCGCACCUCUCUCUGUCUGUCUGCGACCACCGUCACGACAGCAAGCACAUACUAUACGAUGUCCACGCACCCGAUCGUCGAAUACACCUCUCCGUCGUCAUGGGCGCUGGUCGAGGACAAGAUCUCGCCGUUCGCGAAGGAUAUCCUCGCGAAGCUCAUAAAGUUCAUGGAGGAGGACGUAUACCCCGCGGUGCGGGUCGCGCAUGCGCAGCUCCCGACGGACCCCGCGACGCGCUGGACGACCGUCAUCCCCGUGCUGGUGGACCUCAAGGCGAAGGCGAAGUCGCUCGGGCUUUGGAACCUCUUCCUGAGCAAGGCGCACUACCCGCAGUUCGGCGUGCCGCUCACCAACCUCGAGUAUGCGUGCAUGGCCGAGAUUCUGGGCCGCGGUGGCCAGCUUGCGUCUGAGGCUGUGAACUGUUCUGCGCCUGAUACGGGAAACAUGGAGGUUUUGGCCCGGUUUGGCUCCCCUGAGCAGCAGAAGAAGUGGCUGGUUCCUCUCCUCAACGGCGAGAUCCGCUCGGCGUUCUCUAUGACCGAGAGAUUCGUCGCUUCGUCCGACGCAACCAACAUCCGGACUUCAAUUCGCCAGGAGGGCAACGAGAUCGUCAUCAACGGCCACAAGUGGUACAUCAGCGGUGCGGGCGACCCGCGCUGCGCGCUGCACCUGGUGCUCGGCAAGAGCGACCCGGACAACUCGGACAAGUACAGGCAGCAGAGCAUUGUCAUCGUCCCCGCGAACCACCCUGGCGUGAAGGUCAUUCGCCCCAUGCAGGUUCUUGGCUACGACGACGCUCCCGAGGGUCACUGUGAGAUCAUUUAUGAGAAUGUCCGGGUUCCUUUGGAGAACUUGGUAUUGGGCUGGGGCAAGGGCUUCGAGAUCAUCCAGGGUCGUCUUGGGCCUGGCCGCAUUCACCAUUGCAUGCGUUCCAUUGGCGCCGCCCAGUACGCUCUGGACCUAUUGCUCCAGCGCGUCACCGACCCCGCGAAGAAGACGUUUGGAAAGUUCUUGUACGAACAUGGUACUGUUGUGGCUGACAUCGCUAAGUCUCGCGCCGAGAUCGAAUCUUCUAGGCUGUUGGUUCUUAGCGCAGCGCUGCAGAUCGACAGAGCACAGGCGAAGGGUGCGCUCAAGGAGAUCGGUAUCGCCAAGUUUGUCGUGCCUUCUAUGGCGUGCCUGGUCAUCGAUCGCGCUAUCCAAGCCUACGGUGCCGAGGGCCUCAGCCAGGACACUCCCCUCGCUGCCAUGUACGCGAACCUGCGGACGCUUCGUAUCGCUGAUGGUCCCGACGCUGUCCAUAUCCAGCAGAUUGGGCAGAGGGAGCUUAAGCGCGCACAAGCGGUAACCCAGCGCCAUGCUGAGGUCAAGAAGCGGGAAAAGGCCCUCGCAGCCAAGCACAACGUCAAAGCGCACCUGUAAAGUGCUCGCUGUUUGAGGUUUGUGCUAUUGGUGUGAGUUGUGGCCGGAGCUUUUGGAUAUAUCCAUUUGUAUCUGCUCGGAGGACUUGCUGUAUAUUAUGAUCUCGCGAAUACUGGAGAUUGUUGUCCCCAC